GCGUAGGCCUGUCGGGCCACCCCCGGGUCCGGGAAGAGCGGGCGGCGCCGCUCCUUCCCGGUCUCGGCGAGGCCCGAGCACCUGCCGGCGGCGGCGCGCUCUCCUGGCCAUGUCGGAGCCCGUGCCCGCUUUCCUCGACCGGCUGUGGGGGCCCUGGCUGGGGACUCGGACCCCGCCUCUGCGGGGGCUCCGCGUCGCCUCCCCUUCCAAGAGUUUUCUUGGAGGCUUUUUUGGUCCCAUUUGUGAGAUCGAUGUUGUCCUUAAUGAUGGGGAAACCAGGAAGAUGGCAGAAAUGAAAACUGAAGAUGGUAAAGUAGAAAAACACUAUCUCUUCUAUGAUGGAGAAUCGGUUUCAGGAAAGGUAAACCUAGCCUUUAAGCAACCUGGAAAGAGGCUAGAGCACCAAGGAAUAAGAAUUGAAUUUGUGGGUCAAAUUGAACUUUUCAAUGACAAGAGUAAUACUCAUGAAUUUGUAAACCUAGUGAAAGAACUGGCCUUACCUGGAGAACUGACUCAGAGCAGAAGUUAUGAUUUUGAAUUUAUGCAGGUUGAAAAGCCAUAUGAAUCUUACAUUGGUGCCAAUGUCCGCUUGAGGUAUUUUCUUAAAGUGACGAUAGUAAGAAGACUGACAGACUUGGUAAAAGAGUAUGAUCUUAUUGUUCACCAGCUUGCCACCUAUCCUGAUGUUAACAACUCUAUUAAGAUGGAAGUGGGCAUUGAAGACUGUCUACACAUAGAAUUUGAAUAUAAUAAAUCAAAGUAUCAUUUAAAGGAUGUGAUUGUUGGAAAAAUUUACUUCUUAUUAGUAAGAAUAAAAAUCCAACAUAUGGAGUUACAGCUCAUCAAAAAAGAGAUCACAGGAAUUGGACCCAGUACCACAACAGAAACAGAAACAAUCGCCAAAUAUGAAAUAAUGGACGGUGCUCCAGUAAAAGGUGAAUCAAUUCCAAUAAGACUAUUUUUAGCGGGGUAUGACCCAACUCCAACAAUGAGAGAUGUGAACAAAAAAUUUUCAGUAAGGUACUUUUUGAAUCUAGUCCUUGUCGAUGAGGAAGACAGAAGGUACUUCAAGCAGCAGGAGAUCAUUUUAUGGCGAAAAGCUCCAGAAAAACUGAGGAAGCAGAGAACCAACUUUCACCAGCGAUUCGAAUCUCCAGAAUCACAGGCAUCUGCUGAACAGCCGGAAAUGUGAACUGAAAGGAGAAGACAAAACAGAACGCCCUCCCGUAACUGCUGAGAUUCAGUUCAGCGGGUUAAAGGUGGCUGCAGUGUGUAGGGGGAGAAAAGGCCAAAACUCCAUUUGUAAUAGUCUUCCUUUAUCUUACAGUGCUGCAUUUAUUUUAUGAUAUAACUAAAUAUUGUUCAUGUAUAUACAUUUUUAAAAAUGUGCUUUCUUUUAAACACUGGAAUUUUCUUAAGCUGCCUUUUUUUUUUUUUACUGCUCUCUUUGAUUUGAUAAGCACUCAGAUAUGCAUAAGCAUAGGCAUUAAAGAUUUUCCUGUGAAUAGGCUGAUAUUUGUAAUUUUGCUUUCUUUCUGCAUAGUAUUGAUUAUCAGUCUUUUUCUUCUCCCUUUUGAUGCUAAUUCGCUACAUGCAAAAAUUUAAAUAUUUGUGUUCGAAUAAAAUUAGAAAACCUGAGUGGCCCUUACAUCCUGCAAAGUUGUAAAACCUGGCAUAUCUUUUUUUUGGAGAACUACAUUUACGUGUUUAAUGUGUAUUUGAGAAAUACGUAGGGAGUGUUUCACUGUAGGUGCUUCUGAGUCUACCAUUCAGUGGCUUCCUAAAUUUGUAUCCUCUUUGAAGUCUUCUGUGGUAUGAAUAUUUAUUGUUUUUCAAGGGAUUAUGUAGCAUGUCAUUGUGGUGGCCUUACUCUUUUUUUUGUGGGGGAGGGGACACAUAUUAAGUAACUAUUUUGCUACUUUCCAGCAGUACCACUGUGUGUGUUUCCUGCAAUGUGUAGUUGACCCUGUGUUGGCAUUUUUGAAUUUGUUAAAAUUAUAAUUUUUCUGUAAGUACUUUGACAUGUGUACCCCUUUUUUAAAUGUAAGGAGUCUUUUCGCCACAUAUACACAAAUACGUUAUCUUGACCUCAAAAAUGUAUUCUCUUCACUUUUCAGGGGAAAUUUUUGCAAUGGGAGACUCAGCAGGACCUGUGAAACACACAGUUACCCAGAUCUGGACAAUUUCCUGUUUGUUAAACUGGAACUUUGGCUUGUUCACACUAAAACUUAAACCUCACUCACUCUUCUUAGUUUUUUUAAACAUUGAAUUCAGUUCACUUGUUCAGUGUCUCUAAAACAGGCUGCAGUCAUCUGUUCACAUGCAUGGGGUCUGAUACACUAAAUGUGGGGUGUAGGUACCAAAAUGAAGCCUGCUUUGUGGAAACUACUUUCACUUACGGUUUUUGUACCAAUAUUUUUUAUACACUUCAGUGCAGAUCUUGUCAGUUAACCUUACUUUAUGAGUAAGCUAAGUAACCCCAACUGCUUUCUUUAAACCUGUUUACUAUUAGGGCACUUUGAUAAAAAGAGCAGUAACCAACUUCUUUACUGGUGAAAGGUUCCAUGUACCACGUGCUGGAGCGUCUAUUUUACAUGUGGGUAUCUGUGAGUGGUAAUGUUUUCCUUCAUGUAAGUGCCUGUUUAGAGUUUCAAAAUUUUAAAAAUGCCAGAUAUUUUCAUGGUCACUUGCAUGUAGUAAUCUAGAAAUAUUCAAAGAAAUUUUGAAAAUCAGUUGUAUUUAACCAGCCUCAAAUUGUGCAGCCAUGAUGUACAAUAAAGAAUUUGAAACAUA